GGGUGUGAUGCGAGCGUCACGGUGGGGAUGCUGGCUUCGCGGCGGUGAGGGAGCGAGCGAGAGCGAGCCAGGGGCGGAGGACGCCAGGAUACGGAUCUUGCUGCUGUGUGGGCUCGGAUCUCUCUUUCUCCCCCCUCUGUCCCCCCUUCAUUUGGUUCUUGGUUUGCACAUUUAAAACCCCCCGACUCCGUCCUCCCCCACCGCUGGAAGUCUUCCCGUCUCUAAAUGGAAUUAGUGGAGAUCGGAGCCUCUGGUGUAACGAACAGACAUGAUCUAUGGACGCAGUUUGUUUCACAUUGUAGCAAGUUUAAUCAUCUUCCAUUUGUCUGGGGCAACCAAGAAAGGAACAGAAAAGCAAACCACCUCGGAAACUCAGAAGUCAGUGCAGUGUGGAACUUGGACAAAACAUGCAGAGGGAGGUAUCUUUACCUCUCCCAACUACCCCAGCAAGUACCCUCCUGACCGAGAGUGCAUCUACAUCAUAGAAGCUGCCCCAAGACAGUGCAUUGAACUUUACUUUGAUGAAAAGUACUCUAUUGAACCGUCUUGGGAGUGCAAAUUUGAUCAUAUUGAAGUUCGAGAUGGACCUUUUGGAUUUUCUCCAAUAAUUGGACGUUUUUGUGGACAACAAAAUCCACCUGUAAUAAAAUCCAGUGGAAGAUUUCUAUGGAUUAAAUUUUUUGCUGAUGGAGAGCUGGAAUCUAUGGGAUUUUCAGCUCGAUACAAUUUCACACCUGAUCCCGACUUUAAGGACCUUGGAGUUUUGAAACCGUUACCAGCAUGUGAGUUUGAGAUGGGCGGUCCUGAAGGAAUUGUGGAAUCUAUACAAAUUAUGAAAGAAGGCAAAGCUUCUGCUAGCGAGGCUGUGGAUUGCAAGUGGUACAUCCGGGCACCUCCACGAUCCAAGAUCUACUUACGCUUCUUGGACUAUGAGAUGCAGAAUUCAAAUGAAUGCAAAAGGAACUUUGUGGCUGUGUAUGAUGGCAGCAGCUCGGUGGGGGACCUGAAGGCAAAAUUCUGCAGCACCGUGGCCAAUGACGUCAUGCUCCGCACGGGUCUUGGGGUCAUCCGCAUGUGGGCCGAUGAGGGCAGUCGGAACAGCCGAUUUCAGAUGCUCUUCACAUCCUUUCAAGAACCUCCCUGUGAAGGCAAUACAUUCUUCUGCCAUAGUAACAUGUGUAUUAACAAUACACUAGUCUGCAAUGGACUCCAGAACUGUGUGUAUCCUUGGGACGAGAAUCAUUGUAAAGAGAAGAGGAAAGCCAGCCUGCUGGACCAGCUCACCAACACCAGUGGGACCGUCAUUGGUGUGACUUCCUGCAUUGUGAUCAUCCUUAUUAUCAUCUCUGUCAUUGUGCAGAUCAAACAGCCUCGUAAAAAGUAUGUCCAAAGGAAAUCGGACUUUGACCAGACAGUUUUCCAGGAGGUGUUUGAACCUCCUCAUUAUGAGUUGUGUACUCUAAGAGGGACAGGAGCUACAGCUGACUUUGCAGAUGUGGCAGAUGACUUUGAAAACUACCAUAAACUGCGGAGAUCCUCUUCCAAAUGCGUUCACGACCAUCACUGUGGGUCACAAGUGUCCAGUACGAAAGGCAGCCGCAGUAACCUCAGCACAAGAGAUGCUUCUGUCUUGACAGAGAUGCCUCCGCAGCCUGUCAAACCCCUUCUCCCACCCAUGAACAGAAGAAAUAUCCUUGUCAUGAAACACAACUACUCGCACGAUGCCGCAGAUGCCUGUGACAUUGACGAGAUCGAGGAGGUGCCGACGACAAGUCACAGGCUGUCCCGACAUGACAAAGCCGUCCAGCGGUUCUGCCUCAUUGGGUCUCUAAGCAAACAUGAAUCUGAAUACAACACAACUAGGGUCUAAAAAGAAAAUUCAAGAGAAGAACUAUUUAUACAAACAUGGGGACUGUGAAAUGAAAAUUCUAUAGUGAAUUGUGAAAAGUGGACAUAUUUCUAAAUUCAUUCCACUGCCUUUAUCCAAACUUAAGAAUUACAGACAUUUGUUAUCCCUUCGGCAAGACAUCCCCGCUGCACAAUGAUAUGUUCAUUUCGUAAUUUGGUUGCUGGCCACCAAGUGCUCCUUAGUUUUUAAAUACAUUUUGAGAUUUACUGGAAACUUGAAGAAGAAAUUAGUUCCUGAUUAAGACUAUCCCACUUUUUCUUUUUACUGUUAGUUUCACUUUGUUUCUAUGUUGUUUUAUGUCCUUGUUGUAUAAUUGUACGGUGUGUGAUAUGUGAACAACAGGAUUUUGGAUGAACUUUGUGUUACAUGUACAUUGUUUUCAUUAGAUAGACUGCUUGAGAAUAGUGCGUUCCUGAGGGAUUUUGAACAUGCUACAGUUAAGAAGUGAAAAUAUGGACCAUGGAAGCACCAGCUAGAGGUUUUAUGGACUAUAAACACCUAUUGUUGUAUUAUGAUUAAAUGCAGCCAAGAGUCAUGAGUAAAAAUAACUAGAUUGCAAUAAGAAACAUCUCAUUUUUUUUGUCUUUCCCAAAUAUCCCCAAUUUCCUUUUUGUUUUAUAUCAAAGGAAGAUACUAAGUUUCAGAAAGAGUUUUUGAAAUCAGGUAUUAUACCAUUCAUACCCGUCAAUAGAAAUGUUUUUUGAUUUAAGCACUUAGCAAUAUGACUGAAUUGACAGUUUGAAAAAAUACCCUGCAUGUCAGUACUGGAUAUUUGAAUUGGAAAAAUAUCCUUUU